ACGGUAUGCUGCUGGAAGACAGAGAGGGGAAGAGGGGGUUCAGAGAAAGGUGGAGGAGGGUUGGGAAGAGGAGGAAGAAAGGAGCACCAGCACCUGCACCAGCACCAGCACCAGCACCAGCACCAGCAGCAAUAUCACCACCAAUUACAGCAGCAGUGACAAAUGCAGCAGCAGCAGCAACAGCAAUGGCAGCACCAGCAGCAACAGCUACUGCAGCAACAGCAGAACCAUCAAGAGCAAUAGCAGGAGCAGCAGCAACAGGAGCACCACCACUUGCAGCAGCAGCAGUUGGAGGAGGGGCAGAGCCGAAAGGGACAACUUGAUUGGAUUUGUUGGGAAGGGAC